AUGGGGAGCGGAGGACGUCAUGACACUGUGCCAAGCGGAGGUCCUGGUGAGUGUAGCGAGGAAACAUCUUGGCUGGGCCUCACAAUCAGCGGGUCUAGUUAUCAACUCCAAGACAACUAUGAGGUGCUGUGCCUCAUUGGCCAAGGCAGCUUUGGCAAGGUGUUUGUAGGGCGACACUGUGGCACACGCAAGCGGGUCACCAUGAAGGAAUUAAAGAAGGCGGAGGGGCAAGCGGCCUACAUGGCCACGGAGAUUGCCAUACUGAAGGGCCUUCGACACCCUAACAUCACACAGCUGCUGGAGAGCAAAAGGCAGAGGCUGCAGGAGAAGGAUGCCCUGAGUAUUUUCCGAGACAUCUUGGGAGCAGUAAAUUACUGCCACAGGCAGGGUAUCGUACAUGGCGACCUCAAGCCCGAAAAUGUUUUGAUCAACACCUAUGGCCGAGCUAAAGUAUGUGACUUUGGGUUCGCGUUCCGGUUCAUCCCCAGGCAGGAGAUAAGAGCGCCUGGUGGCAUGCCAGCAUACUUUGCCCCGGAACGACUCCUGUAUCGCACCUAUGAAGGCCCUCCUCUGGAUGUCUGGGCCCUUGGGGUAAUACUAUACAAGAUGAAUACAGGGACGCGUCUCUUCUGUGGAGAGCCACCAGAGAUAAAUGAUACCAUAAUUUAUGGGAUUGUGUGUUACCCGGACUUCAUCCCCAUGAACGUCAAAUACUUGAUUGGAAAGAUCAUGAACAGGAGCCCCAAAUGGCGACCAACAGCACAGGAGCUGGUCCUUACCUCCCAGGCUGGCCCUGCUGCGCCCAUCCUGGCCUCCGAGAAGGGUCCUGCUGCGCCCAGCCUGGCCUCCGACACUGUCCCUGCCGCGAACAGCAUGUACUACCAGCCUGGCCCCGCUGCUCCCAGGCAGGCCUCCCGGCCUGGCCCUGCAGCACCCAGCCUAGCCUCUGAGACUGGCCCUGCAGCACCCAGCCUAGCCUUCGAGACUGGCCCUGCUGCGACCAGUGUGUACAACCAACCUGUUCCUGCUGCUCCCAGCCUGUCAUCCCAGCCUGCCUCUGCCACACCCAGUCUGGCCUCCGAGACCGGCCCUGCUGUGCCCAGCAUAGGCGCGGGAGCAGGAGUCCAGAGAGCACGCGCAGCCGCAGAAACACUGGCGCGGAGGUCGGAGACUAGCCCUGCUGUACUUCCGCCCUCCGGUACCCGGCGAACUCGGCCAGCAGCGAGGCGCAACCCUGGAAGCCCACCCCAAAUCCAGUCACGCUCUGCGCCCAGAGAUGACGUCACGGAGUCCACGUGGCCUGCAGAGGCGCGGGAGCAGGAGUCCAGAGAGCACGCGCAGCCGCAGAAACACUGGCGCGGAGGUCGGAGACUAGCCCUGCUGUACUUCCGCCCUCCGGUACCCGGCGAACUCGGCCAGCAGCGAGGCGCAACCCUGGAAGCCCACCCCAAAUCCAGUCACGCUCUGCGCCCAGAGAUGACGUCACGGAGUCCACGUGGCCUCGACUCCACCCUCUGGGAUCCGCCCAUCGUCCCGAGGAGCAGGAGCCGCUUUAAGCAUGCGCACAGCGAGCGGAGUGCUUACCAAAGCGAGACCUUGAGUUCGAAGUCCCGAGCCAAAAUGUAG